AUGGUGGGCGGUCUUGGUGACACAGGCUACGUCACCGCCUGCAAAUACGUGGCCGACAUCCCGGGCGCGGCGACGGUUGGCACGUGUGUCUGCUUUGGGCUGCUUGUGUACCUAGUGACGUCGACAGUCACCAACUUUGUCGGCGCCACCUUGCAGGCGCUCGUCACCGACAUUGGACUGCCCGCCGAUGUGACCGGCGUGACGCUCUUGAGCUGGCACAACGCGCUGCCCAACCUUCUCGUCGUCGUUGUGGCCACCUCGCAAGGCGCGCCGGCAGCCGGUCUUCUGCUCGUCCUUGGCAGUAGCCUCCUCACGACCACAGUCACGGUCGCGGCCUCGAAUCUGGCGGCCGAGACGCACCAGACGGUGGACCCGGUCCGGUUUUCGCGCGACGUUGGGUUUUACCUCCUGGUGCUGGUGUAUGUCGGCAGCCUCGUGUUGUACGAAGCGGACAUGACGGAGACCACCCAUCGCAUCGUCGUUGCUAGUCUUGCGCUGAGCUAUCUCCUCAGCAUCGGUAUCAUUGAGGUCCUUCGGUGGCGCAAGCCACACGUGCCGCACUGGACGCCGCGCACCCGCGCCCGCCGUCGCAAGGCGUCUUACGUGGCGAAAACCACGAGGCCCGCCAUGUACCUCAUCGACUCGAGCCCCGAGUCCGACUGGGAAGAAAAUGACAUGCUGCUGCCGUCGCCACCGGCCGCGCCCAAGUCACCGCCCAUGCAGUUGAUCGACGCGUCGUCCGCGGCUCAAGCGUCGCCGCUCUCUGGUCUCAUUGCGCUCGUCUGGCCCCAAAGCGCGCCGGCCAGCCAAAAGCCACAUCCCGCUGCGACGUCCUUCCUCAACGCCCUGCGUGUGAGCGCUCAAAUUGGCCCGAACGUCCGGCGCUGGGUCCUGCCGUUCGAGCCUCUCGUGGUGUCGCCACCGAGCUUUGCGUCCUACGGCGCGUGCGUGUACGACGCAGCAAAACCCAAAGCUCAACACCUUGACUCGCCCCUCCACGAUCUGUACCGGCGCUACUACAACUAUGUGUGGUGGCCGAUCGCGGGUCUGUGCACAUUCGUACGCCGCCUCUUGAUUCCUCUUGUCGCCAUCGAGGCGUGGCACCGAGGGAUGAACAUAGUCGCCAUGUGGAGCGCCACCUCGCUGCUCGCCCACGCCAUGUGGCCGACGUGGCCGUGGCCACCUACCUUGCUUCUCGGCUUGUCCUUUGCGGUGUUUGCAGCCGUGACAUCGACAAGCUACCGCGGCCCGGCCCGCCUCGCGCGCCUCGUACAUGUAAUCGUGGCACUGCCCAUGUCGGUGCUUGUGGCCUAUGUGCUGCAAGAGGCCAUGCUAACGGUUGUGCCAACAACGAUACUCGGCCUCAACACCAGUGUCUCGUGGCUGCUCGGGCUUGUGGUCGCGGCGGCGAAUGCGCUGAGCGGGAUCUUUGCCGCGGUAGCCGUCGCACACCAAGGCCAGCCCUCGAUGGCGCUCAGCAGCUGCUUUGGCGGCCCGACGAUGUCGCUCUUGGGCAGCGCCGGCUACAUCUUGCACCACUCAUGGGCGCUGGGGACACCCGUCGUGUUUGGUCCGCCCUCGCUCGUGACGCAGCUCCUGAUUGCACUGUGCAUGCUAGCGGUUGUCGUCAACUGGGUCACUGUCGCCACCUACCAUUUCGCGUACACGAACGGUCUCUGCCACUUUCUCAUAGUCCUCUACGGGACGUAUGUUGGGAUCGGUCUCUGCAUACUGCUGGAGUACGACCCCUUUCAAGGCCACCCGACCGCGUCCUAG